GCUCUCUGAGGGUGUGUGUGUGUACCAGUGUGUGUGUACCAGUGUGUGUGUGUGUGUGCACAAGCAUUGUUCUCAAGCUCAGUGCUUCUGCAGCCAAGGUCAUAGGAGCCUGGUCACAUGCACAGUGUGUGAGCGAGGCAGCGAGGCAGCGAACGAGAGCGAGUGAGUGUGAAGAGUAGCCUCUCUCUCGGUGUGAAAAGCAGGGGGUGGGGACCUCAUCAAUUCAUCCAUUCAUGUACGCAGGUGUGUGUGGAUGCUGUGGGGCUUUGAGACCUCGCUAUAAGAGGCUGGUGGACAACAUCUUCCCAGAGGACCCAGAGGAUGGUCUCGUGAAGGUGAACAUGGAGAAGCUAACCUUCUAUGCUCUGUCAGCUCCAGAGAAGUUGGACCGUAUCGGAGCCUACCUCUCCGAGAGACUGUCCAGAGACGUGGCCCGACACAGAUACGGAUAUGUGUGUAUAGCCAUGGAGGCGUUGGACCAGCUGUUGAUGGCGUGUCACUGUCAGAGCAUCAACCUGUUUGUGGAGAGUUUCCUCACUAUGGUCCGCAAGCUGCUGGAGGCUGACAAACCCAACCUACAGAUACUAGGAACCAACUCAUUUGUGAAGUUUGCCAACAUCGAGGAGGACACUGCGUCGUACCACCGCAGUUACGACUUCUUCGUGUCGCGCUUCAGCGAGAUGUGCCACUCCAGCUACGAAGAUCCAGAUGUACGCACCAAGAUCCGUAUGGCAGGUAUCCGUGGUCUCCAAGGUGUGGUAAGGAAGACAGUGAGGGAUGAGCUGCAGGCUAACAUAUGGGAGCGUCAACACAUGGACAAGAUAGUCCCCUCUCUACUGUUCAACCUGCAGGACCCCACAGACAGUGGCCGGUCAUCUCCCGACAUCCUCAGACAUGGACGGACAUCGAAUAAUGACUUGUGUCACAGUGGUUCCCCUGGCUGUGAGAAGGAGAGUCCAGCUGAGUUGACUGAGAGAUGCUUCAGAGAGCUGCUGGGUAGAGCUGCCUACGGGAACAUUAAGAACGCUAUCAAACCUGUACUAAUGCACCUGGAUAACCAUUCUCUGUGGGAGGGGAAGAGCUUUGCUGUUCGAUGCUUCAAGAUCAUCAUGUACUCUAUCCAGUCACAGCAUUCUCACCUGGUUAUUCAGCAGCUGCUGGGUCAUCUAGAUGCCAACAGUAAGAGUUCAGCCACAGUGCGUGCUGGGAUAGUGGAGGUCCUGUCUGAGGCUGCUGUCAUUGAGGCCAGUGGCUCUGUGGGCCCAACAGUGCUGGAGGUAUUUAACACCCUGUUGAAACAGUUGAGGCUGAGUGUGGACUAUGAACUGACUGGAAGCUGUGACCCGUAUUGCAACAACACGACAACUACUGACCAGGAGAGGCAACUACAGGAGGCUGUCAUCAAGACCAUCGGAUCCUUUGCCAACACGUUGCCGAUCUACCAGAGGGCAGAGGUCAUGCUGUUCAUCAUGGGGAAGAUCCCUGUUCCUGGGAUAUACCCUGCCCUGGGCUCACCUAUCGCCGGGUUUGAAGGCAGUAGGAUGAUCCAAGUCAUGCUGUUGAAGUCUUUACUGCAGGUGACAGAGCGGUAUGAGAGUAGUAACAUGUUGGCAGCUCUGCCCUCGUCCUUCUUGGAGCCUCUCCUCUCCUUCACUCUGAUGGAAGAUCCUGAGAUACGACUGCUGGUACUCUCCAUACUCAUCAGCCUCAUAGACAGACACCAGAACACACACAAGUUCACUUUCCUCAGCAUCCUUUCAGAUAUCUCAGUUCUCAAGCUGAAGAUGGACAAGUGUUCCAGACAGGACAACCUCUUCAUGAAGAAGCAUGGCCAGCGUCUCUACAGACACAUCUUCCUGACUUGUUCAGAAGAGAACAGUGGGCGGAGCCACUACCAGGCUCUCUACACCCUAUUGGCUCUCCUCAGCGUGGAACUGGCCAAUGAGGAAGUGGUGGUGGACCUGAUACGCCUGGCCCUCGCACUGCAGGACCUGGCCUUGGCCAAUGAUGAGAGGCUAUCUCUGUAUAAUCGCUGUGCUGUCCACGCCCUCUCUGCUGCCUACCUCAGCCUCAUCUCUCAACUCACCACCGUCCCUGCAUUCUGCCAGCACAUCCAAGAAGUGAUAGAGCUGAGACAGAAGGAGGUACCCUACCUGCUGCCUGAAGACAUCUUUAUUGAAAACCCCAGAGUUCCAGAGUCUCUAGAGCGAGUGGAGGGAGAGGUCUUGUUCCAGCAGUUUCAGAUCGCUGAGGUGCUGGGAGGAAGUGGCUACAACAUAGAAAUCCUGAACACACCGUUCACACCCCAGAUCACAGAUGAGGAUCGCCUGUCGAAGAGGAAAAGUAUAGGAGACACCAUCUCUCUUCAGAUGGACAUGGAUCCACGAUAUAGCCCAGAGAGAGAACAGAAGUCUCCAGCAGAACAGAUCACCUUUGAGACUCUGAAGAAUGCCAUCGUGGAUAGUGUGAAUGGCGAAGAGCAGGAGAGGGAGAAGAGGAG